AGUAAUGGUGAUAACUUCUCUGAAGGAAAAUACACAGUAGUAGGAUUUAAAAUGGAUUUUCAAAGCGGUGCUCAGUUAUACAGUUUCAUUUUUUUAACUAAAAGUGGGGUCAUGGUCGUUUCAUCUUCACCUCGGGUUGAUCCUACUGGUCAUUGUACAACGGGUACAUCGGUUGACCAAUCAAAUCGUGAAUCAUAUGGGGUGUAUCAUAUGGCGCAAAAAUUGGCG